AUGACCAAGCCUGGCAAACCCCCUGUCCCCGAGGACCCUCCCAAUGCAAUCGUGACCGACUCCCGCCCGACAUCCGCUCGCACCCACAAUGACGACCGAGAGGCAUUGGAGCUCCAUUCGAUCCAAACCCAAGAAGACAAUGAGCUAGAUUAUUCGACCGCGUCGGCUUCGUCUGGCGAUGAGCAACACAUGCCCACACGUCGCACUCCGUCUCGAGCCGAUUCCCGGCGCUCACGCGCACCCCGCAAGGGCCUUUGGGGCCGGAUUUGUCGGUUCUGGGGUCGAAAUGUUAUUCUGACCGUGCCGCAGAAGAGCAAUCGGGAUUAUUUUGCUUUGGAAAGAACGUUCCUUGCGUAUAUCCGCACGUCCACCGUUAUCGCCAUGCAAGGGGUGCUCGUUGCGCAACUUUUCCGUCUACAACAGUCGUUGACAAAAUUCGAUCAUCUGUCGUUUUACGAAGUCGCUAUCCCGCUCUCGGUUGCCUGUCAUGCUGUGGCUAUUGUUGUCGCCUUAAUAGGUGCGUUCCGAUUCUGGCGACAACAAAAUGCUAUUGCCCGCGGGAAAGUGUAUGCUGGAGGAUGGGAGUUAAACUCGGUGGGAAUUCUACUGUUUGCUGUCAUUGUGGCAACCUUGGUUCUUACUGUUAUUAUCUUAGUCGAGACCGAUUUGAGCCCCAGUUCACUUUAUAAUCGAAUAUUACGGUCGUGA